UCCUUACGCACUACGUUGCAUUCAUCCUCCUCUUCGAGGAAGUCGAGAAAACGAAGGGGGAAUUUAUCUAGCUAGCUACAAUCUCAGUGUCCUGUUUCUUCUGGAAAGUGGGCGCAAUCCAAUAAAAGUUAUGAAGAUAUACGUCCUGUUGGCGGUAACCUUCGUGUCCUUUGCCCCUUUCCCGGUCCACGGCGGGGACAAGAAGAAGCUGCAAAUUGGUAUCAAGAAAAGGGUGGACAACUGCCCCAUGAAGUCGCGCAAGGGCGACGUGCUUCACAUGCACUAUACCGGGAAGCUGGAGGACGGGACUGAGUUUGACAGCAGCAUCCCCCGAAAUCAGCCCUUCACCUUCACACUGGGGACUGGACAGGUCAUCAAGGGCUGGGACCAGGGCCUGUUGGGAAUGUGUGAAGGAGAGAAGAGGAAGUUGGUGAUUCCCUCUGAGCUCGGCUACGGAGACAGAGGGGCCCCACCCAAGAUCCCUGGUGGAGCCACGCUCAUAUUUGAAGUGGAGCUACUGAACAUCGAGAGAAGAACUGAUUUGUAAACGUCUGCCUGUCUGUCUGCCUCGGGGCCCAAAGACUAAAAUGUGAUGAAUUGUACUGCGCAACUGGGCAGCUCUGGACCCCCAAUGGUCACAGCCUGCAACAGUAUUAUGGGUGUUACUCCGCCCACAUUAUUCCAAGUUUUUAAAAUACAUUUUUAACCAAUAUUAACUGUUACUGUACGUGUCAGAAAAUUAGCUGCUAAAGGUGUCAGGUCAAUAAACGAUGACUCGUAGAUGGGCAGAUGAUUUGUCCCUUGCACUGUCAGUGUUCAGACCCUAACGGGAAUGCGGGAUGAAUUGCUUCCCUUCUUAAUGCAGUAUGCACUUGCAUCUGAUUUCUUUAGACUUGAAAUUACGCGAAAUUCUGACUCUGAGCUUUUGUGAUCGCUCGCGAUGUGCGCGGAGUCGGCAGUCUUCCUGCGGCGCUCCCCCCCCCCCCCCCCCCCCCUGCCAGACGGAACGGGCCCGCCCGCUCUCCCCUUUCACGAGAGAGCCAUAGUAAUUAGGAAAAAUCUGUGCCUCAUGAAGACCUGCAUUGUGGCCAGAUGUAGAACCGGAGCCAUUUACCUCAUGCCAGUCGGACGACAUCUUGCCAGGAGAGAACAAAGCGGCGAGAUCGGUUCGAGUCGGUCGAUAGGCACGCUUUGUUAAGCUCUGUCUGCCCGUAAUGAUGUGGGGGGGCAGCAGUUUUCUGCAGGAAGCGGAUAGCCCAGGUGCAUCGCUGCUUAAUGGAGUUAAUGCACUCUGGCGCAGUUCAUUAGGAGGGCCCUGUGAUGGGGACGGCACACUUCAUUCGGUGCGAGUCAGUCAUUAACGUGGAGGACGGUGUGAAAGGAUCCGAUGUGGUGUGUUAUGUACUGGACUGAGGUUCUUCUCCUCUCCAUCCCGGACUCCAUCGACCGACACCAGCCCUUUGACCUCUGACACGAGACCGGCAGGGCAAUUGCGUUUUUUUUUUUGUUUUUUUUUUUGUUUUUUUCUAAGCAAGAAUAGGAAAUAUAUUUCUUUAACGUCACCCAUUUAUGUGUAUUCCUUUAUUAAUACUUCAUGUGUCUUUUGGGAGGAAGGAUGUUGGCCAAGACGACAGACUCCAGGGGCAGACUUUCUCAGACGUUCUGCAAUGUGAUGAUUUUGUUCAUUGUUCGUUCUCCGGGUCGCAGGUGAAAUGAAAUAAAUGUCGAACCGACACACAAGUUCA